AUGCGGCGGAAAAACAUUUCGAUAUUGCUGGCGGUUCCUGCGGCGAAUGCGCUCUCCCUCGCGAACUUCCAGAGCAUUACUUCCGCCCUCAUACCUUUAGACUGCCAGUUGACAUACGACAGUCAAAUACCAUCUUGUACGGUUUCGGAUUUUAACAAUGGGUGCUCGACAGCUUGUCUGGCCGGACUGGAUACGAUAGCGAGCAGUGUAUCCAGUUCCUGCUCGCAUGUGAAGGUCAACUCGAAUACAUUAUUGGGGAUUGUCAAGAAUGGAGGGAUAGUGGCGGCUUUGUGCCCGACAUUGGCAAAGGCUACGCAGGCAACGACAUCAGUCACAGUUCAAACCUCGGGGCUAGCUGUCCCGCCUGCAGCUGUGUCUGUGACGAUACCGACCGGUGGUGCUGGUGUAACUGGGGGCCUAGGCUUUAAGACAACUUCGACCUCGUCUCCAAUUCCUGUACCACAGUCAGAAACCAGCACAAGUACGACCAAGGCGGCGAAAACUACAAAAACCUCCACCACUACAUCUCAGUCAGUGCAAUCUGCCGCCGGGGGUUUGGGGGGAGGAAGUCCAACUAUCACAUCACACACUACAACUGCGAAGAAGACAACAUCUACAACAUCAGCCGAAACAACAUCUUCGUCACAAUCACAAGACAAGAGCGGGGGUGGGAGUCCUUUCGAUGUACAGAGUAACGACGCCCCACGUGAUGUAGGACGGUCAAUGUUGGCACUUGUGGUUGCCAUUUUCGCAGUUGUGGUAAUUGGACGGUAG